CUUCCAGACAUCACCACAAACCCGACGGUGAGUUCAACUCCCGCCAAACGACGAACCGUUGUCAAUCGGGACAACAAGCUGCUGAUGUCGGUGCUCCAGGCUCGUCGAUCGGCCGCCAGAGACCGCUGGCACAAGGAAUACCACCCUUCGUCAUCGCUAAAGCUACACAAACACACCAAUCCGGUGGUGAAUUUGGUAGAAGAUAGUAGCACUCCGGAGUCUAAUCUGAUUAUCCCACCGGGUUCCAGGGUCGAUGAGUUCUUGGAUACCGAUGAAUCCAUCCACGGAAUGUAUGUGGUGAAUCCGAGGACGGGUAAAAUUUCCCUACAGCAUUCGGGACCUCAAAUAAGGUUGGCUAAGGAAACUAACAACUUGGUGGGUGCCUCCGGGAAUAAGACAAAUGGUAGUACAAAGCUGACCUCGGCUAAGCCACCGGCUCCUGCUAGGAGUUUGUAUUACGAAUCUAGGGGUAAGCGAACUAGAGAUAGGAAGACACUUCCGGUUUCCACGGAGCGGUCGAUUGAGGAAAGCGAUCUGGCACCGUAUCAGUUCUUCGGACAGAAACUGGUUCCCUCAAAUAGGAAUGCUGAUGCCCGAAAUCAGGUGAUCAGUUCCAAAGGGACUAGAUUGAACAAGUUGAAGGAGGAUUCGCUAGAAAUAAUGGAAGUUUCGGUCCCGAAACCAUCGACUGAGAAGAAUAAGUUCUGGCAGAAUAGGUUGGCGUAUCAGACUAGGAAUAUUGUAGCGUUUAACAAUUACUUGAGGAGGACUAAGGAUGGAGUACAGAGUACGUCAGUGGGGACUCCAACGGAUUCUGGAGUGCAUUCGGAUGCUUUGACGAAUUCUAUGAUUGCCUUGAGUAACCUUUCGGAGGGAUCGGUUGAUUCUAAGACUGUGUUUUCGAGGAGUGCCAAUUUUAGUUCAGAAAAUAGACUUGUAGCAACCAGUACUCCUUUGACAACUAUGGCUUCAACAACGACUACAUCGACGCCGAUUCCAGCAAACCACAAAUCAGAAGAUGAUCUUCCUGAGCUAUUCAGUCCGACUGGUUUGGCAAAGAUUUCAACAUUGAUAAUCAACUACCCAGAUGACGCAACGCCGGAAGAUCUUUAUCAUAUCAAUAGUUAUCAAGCAGCAGCCAAUUCAGAGGCUGAUGCAACAACGUUGAGAGUUCAAGAUCUGUCAGAGACAACUUCGUCUAAUAAAGAUGAAUAUCAGACUCCUAGAAAUUUGGUGUCUAUCCCGGACAUCAAUCACAUCUUCAAAAACCUUUCGACGACUUCAACCACUACGUUGAUCCCGGUUCCAAUAAAGAGGGCAUCUCUUCCACAGACUGAAGCUGAGGCUAUUCGCUCUAGCACUGAGCACUACGUACCUGCUGUUACGACCACCACUAUUAAAACAACCACAACUACUGAAACGACACCUGAGUUGACUUCAACAACACCCAGAGAACCUUCCACAACCACGACUACGACUACAACAUCGACAACCAGACGAACAACUACCACAACCACCACAAGCACAACAACUCCUGCUCCACCACCUAGCACCACAUCGACAACGACAACAACUACUCACCAUCCACCGGAAACUACAACCGAGUCCAUCGUCGAUACCUACCCAGAGGUCAUCUACCAAACUAUCGACGAAGACGAUGACUACGCAACGGAAUCCACGACCAGCAACGAUACCCAGGAAGGACAGGUUCACAAAACUCCAGACACCUCCAGCAAACUACCGUCCCGACCUCCAACCAACAUCGACUUCGCCGUAACCUUCACAUCGCCAGCUCCAGGUGCCGUCAGUACCAAAAAGCCAGCAAUCUCCUACGAAGGAGUGCUCCUUCAACACAACAGCGACGUCGUGAUCGAGAUGCGUACCAUGAACACGGCUACCUUCAUCCUAGCCGGUCUCGGUAUGCUCCCGAUCGUCAUCAUCAUUCUGUACGUGAUCAAGGCCGCAGUCUGCAAAAGGGAAAACAAGGUCUCCCACGACCUGGAACGGUACAUCCCGGACGGACAACCUCCCAUCAGCCCGGUUGUAAGGCUAGAGCAAUCAGACACCUCCAGCGUAGCGGACGAAUCGAUCAUCAGCGAUCGAGACUUCAACCGGAAGAACCUUCGCUUCAAAAGCUUGUUGGGUGAGGGAAAUUUCGGACAGGUUUGGAAAGCGGAAGCCGACGACCUGGCCGGACACUUUGGUACAACCCGUAUUGUGGCGGUCAAAACCGAACGAAGCGACAACGGACACGGGGAUCUAAAGGCGGAAGCCGAAAUUAUGCGGAAGUUGGGUUCACACCCGAACGUUGUGACACUAUUAGGAGCAUGCCUGGAACAAGACCCGCAGCUGCUGAUCAUGGAGUAUGCGAUGCGGGGGCGACUGUUGUCGCUAUUGAGGGCAGCCCGGGGUGCCGUUAAUGGGCUGGCGCCCUCGAUACAUGGCAAUCGGCCGCCGGUUAUGCCGCUGUCGCCACGGCGGCUGACCGGUUUCGCCCACGAUAUUGCCCGUGGGAUGGAGUACAUAGCUGAGAAGAAGAUCGUUCAUCGAGACCUUGCCGCGCGGAACGUGCUGCUGGACCAUAAUGGGAUCUGCAAAAUCUGCGACUUCGGUAUGUCGAUCGAUCUGGAGAAGAUAAAAUCAUCACAGGCCCAAAUCCGGGCACCCCGAUCCCACCACAGUGAAUCUCGGUUCAAGUUCGAUCUGAGUGCCCGGUCGUUUGGACUGGGACGAUUCCAGCAUCACGGCCACGAGGGCUUAGGCGGCAGGAACCGGCAUCACGGAGAUACCAAGAGCCGGCCUGCUUUGCCCAUCCGGUGGAUGGCACCGGAAGCGCUGCAGUAUCACAUCUUUAGUCGCGAGACGGAUGUGUGGGCUUUUGGCAUCGUUCUGUGGGAGAUUGCAACUCUGGGUUGCACACCGUAUCCGAAUCUGUCCGGGCGAGAAGUGGUGCGGAAUGUUCCGAAUGGUUCCCGGCCAGAUAUUCCAACGGACUGUCGGCCAGAACUGUACGAUCUGAUGCAGCGGACCUGGAGGAAGGAUCCGCGACAGAGGCCAACUUUCUCGGAGGCGCGGAAUUGUCUGGCCCGGACGCUUUGCCAGUGGCAGCUUGAGGAAACGGAUACUUCCAACACCUCGGAGUAUCUGGACGUCAGUGGCUUUAGCGAAGACCUAGAACAGGGAAUGGUCUACUUCAACCGGCGGAUCUCCGAAUUCGAGUGUGAAAUUUAAGGGAUAGGAAGUCCCUUAAAAGCUUUUCCACAAUCCGCUAUUCAUUUUCACCUCACCAGCAAUCAUUCCCAUCCCUAGGUCUUACAGUUUAUUUAUUCCCACAAAAACUGCAGCGCCAUUUUCAAGAGUAGCAUUCCUCUUCCUAUGCUUGCAAUUUCCAUCUAUCGUUUUCCUGGUGAAAACCCACUGGAAAUUCACUUCACUCUUCCCCUCACGAAUUCAGUCGUAAGCUUCCCACCCAUUAUUUCCGCACAAAUAAAUCCACCCUCACCUACAAUCUUAUGUCUAUUGUAUAUAAACAAUUUCAAAUUUUUACCUAAAGCAAAACAAACUUCAUCACCUUGGCACGUUUUAAGAGACUAAAAACGUGCAAACAUUUUGUUGUGCAUAAAGCUCAUCUCUAUCUCACAGCUCUGAUUUACAGAUAAAACGAGAUAAACCACAGUUCAGUGUGAUCCUAAUGGUAGCAAAUUUGUUUGAUUUCCCAAUUUUCAAAAUAAAAAACACAAAACGAAAUCGCGGAAUCAUUCUCUUAAGUAUACAGUAUACAUAUAACAAAAAUAAUUUUAAACAAACACGUAUUAAUCGAUUUGUGAAUAGGGUCCCCCAAUGUUUUUUUUGUUGUUGAACUUUGUCGCCAAACUCUUGUAUAUUUCUCAUUUUUCAUCAACCCACGAAAACAAAAACAAAAAAUCCAUCUCGCCCUAGUUUAGCCACCUAGUAGUUUAGUCUAGUAAGAUUCAUCGUUUACAGCAAGCCGUUACACGUUUGUACCUAACUUGAAGCAAAAAUUCGAAAUCAAAAUUAUUAAGUUUUUCCCUCCCAAUAGUUUGGCUUUUAAACGCGUUGUCUAGAGUGUUUUUAGAAGACGAAAAAUGUUUCGUUCUUUCCUGUUUUCUGUUUUACUAGAUGACAUUUAAAUCAUCAUCGAACGAUUUAACCUUUUUUUUUUUUUG